UGAAACAAGCGCCGUAAAGCCGCGGACUUAUAUAAACCGUGAAGAGCGGAGUCGUAUUCGCAGAGCGGGAUUCUCCGUCGUCGAAGAAACAAUCUAGCUAAACAAUCCAUCUAAGAACAACUCUACCGGUGUUCGUUCGUUUAUCGUAUCCCGAUAAGAUUUGAAAAAAUUUCGAGGAUGCAUCAAAGGAUGGUAUCGUUCUACAUACUGUUGGUGGUUGCGGUUCUUUUCGUAUCUUCGAACCUCUCGACGAAUGCCGCGCCACAACAAGGUUACUGGGAGGAAGAUCCGGAAGCUCUAAUGGAAAUAAUUAGUCGGCUUGGUCACACCAUGAUACGUAAUCCAGAGCUUGAAAAUAACAAACGGGGACUGGACUUAGGUUUGAGUCGCGGAUUCAGCGGGUCUCAAGCUGCAAAACAUUUGAUGGGAUUAGCAGCGGCGAAUUACGCCGGAGGACCUGGCCGACGACGUCGUUCCGAACAACCCUAGAUUCAAAAACGUACUGGUUCGCUUGAUCAAUCUCAUUUCGACUUUAAGCUCUAACGUCAUAAAUGUUUACUUGCACGGGCUCGUUCGUUCGUUCGUUCUUUCGUUCCUUUUCUUGCCUUUGCCCCUGUUGUAAGGUGAUUCUGCAACCCGACAAAUUUUGGCUGCUUCAGCCCUUAUCAAUUAGUAAAUCAAUCUUAAGUCAAAUCGAUUUCUCUUUUAAAUUAUCGUUCGUGCGUGCAAUCAAUCAUUUCUAUCUCAGAUCUCUCGCAUAUACGCGGUAUACUGAACAUUUUUGUUCAUGAAACAUAUUGUUCCUUCUUUUUCCUCGGUUUCUUUCUUCUUUAAAAUUUAGAACAUCGAGACAGUUAAAUGUCAGUUACAUUCUAGUCAUUGUUCUAGUCAUAAAGUUAUUCCAUUCAUAUUUACGUACCAGAGUGCGUAUUCCUGCGUUUACAAGCAUAUAUACUAACAUGUGGAAAGAAUAGUAAAAUAAUACGACAAACCUACCCAUCGGCGAUACGAUAUAUAUAACACAAUCAAGCGUUAAAAUAGAAACCAUUAAUAAUUAUUGGAAACGCACAAGUUUAAAUGGUCAACUAUGAAUUCUGUAAUUUAUCUUUCAGUCUCAUGCGUUAAAUUGUAGCCGAUCGUGCAUCUAUUUUGCAUUCAUAAACUGAUAUCGAUACCUGUCGUACAUGCAGCUUAAAUACUUGUACAUUAUGUCUAUUUCGUUUCCAACUAAUUACAUACAUCAUAUUGUAUUUUCGAACGAAUGCUAUUCGACUAUUAGCGUAUCAAUACGCUGUUUUAUGUAAAAUUAACGAAAAUAAAUCCAA